UAUUGCACUCCGUGUCCCGCGCAUUAUUUAUCGAUUUAUUUAGAAUUUAGCUUACUAUACAGCAGUACAAUAGUUGUCAAUAGUGUCGUAUAGUAUAUUAUAGCGUUGAGACGUUUGUCAUUUAUCUUGGUUUUUUUUUAAAACAAUUAAAACAAAUGUCAUCAAGAAUAUUUGAAAGUGGUGCGUCAAAAAGACGUAGAAAAAGGCAACAAACAAAUGAAAUUAAAAAAUAUCACGGAUCAUUGAAUAGAUAUUUAUUUAAUUCAAAUAUGAACGGUGUUGCUAAUUCAAACAAAAGUGGCAUACAAAGGGUUGAUGAUGAUGAAGUCAAAAAUGAUGGCAAUGACAUUAGUAAUAUUAGCCAAGCUCAUGACAAAGAUAUGAACGGUGUUGCUAAUCCAAACAAAAGUGGCAUACAAAGGGUUGUUGUUGAUGAAGUCAAAAAUGAUGGCAAUGACAUUAGUAAUAUUAGCCAAGCUCAUGACAAAGAUAUGAACGGUGUUGCUAAUUCAAACAAAAGUGGCAUACAAAGGGUUGAUGAUGAUGAAGUCAAAAAUGAUGGCAAUGACAUUAGUAAUAUUAGCCAAGCUCAUGACAAAGAUUUGGACAAAUUUGUUAAUACUAACGAAAGUGGCAUACAAAGGGUUAAUAUUGAUGAAGUUAAAUUGAAUAAUGAUGGCGAUGAAAAUAAUUUUGUAUUGAGUUACAAUGAUAUUAGUGAUGUUGAAACCAAUAGCCCAGGUAGAUAUUUACUAUUUUAG